ACUUUCAGUCACUUUGCUGUGUUCAUCCCAGACAGAGCAGUCCUGCCACAAACUUCCGGCCCCUGCCCACCCCCGCCACCAUCGUCAUUGUCAUCCUCAUCAUCAUCAUCAUCAUCCAUCCUCCAGACUAUCUUCAGGACCACGGAUGGCGUGCUGAGGUCCAACUGUGAACACACUUGCAGUGAUUCCUGAACUUGAUCUCCUUGGAUCUUCCACCAUGGCACCAUCGAUCACAAUGGUCCUGGUUCUGUUUUUGUGGCAGAUGCUUGCGGCCACCAAAACCCUCAGUGAGUCCCCUGCAUCCGAGGUCACGAAUGUAGACCUGGAUCAGCACCGGCGCCUGUCCCGUGGUACUGACGAAGAGGAGCAACAGUCCACCUUCAACCAAUCCUUCGAGAAUGACUCCGUGACACCGCCGCAAGUCACCAGACUCUCCAACAUUACAGAUCCCGAGGGUGACCACGACCACGCCCCUGGACUCUUCAACCCUUUCUAUCCACUGAGGCCUGGCUCCUACACUGCCUAUGUCACUGCGCUGGCAGCUGGCCUGCUGCUGGCGGUCGGUGUGGUGGGCAACAUGGCGAUUAUGUGUAUCGUGUGGAACAACUUCUAUAUGAGGUCUGCCUGGAACUACCUGCUGGCCAGUGUUGCAUUCUGGGACUUCCUGCUGCUGCUGCUCUGCCUGCCCGUGGAGCUGCUCAACUGGUUGUCACACCGUCGCAUCCUGCCCGAGGUCACCUGCCGAUUGGUACCCUACAUGGAGGUGGUGUCUCUGGGCGUCACUUCCUUCACUCUGUGCGUUCUGGGUAUCGACCGGUUCCACGCCGCCACCAGCUCAUUCCAACCAAAGACGCGGCGAGUGGAGCGCUGUCGCUCGGUGCUGGUCAAACUGGUCGUGGUAUGGGUCGCCGCCAUUCUUCUGGCCAGUCCUGAGCUCUUCUUGUGGCAGGUCGCAAGAACUGCGCCACCUGCCACUGCUGACUCCUGCUCCAUUAGUGCUUCCUCGCCACCGUCCCUCCUCCUGCCGGACUCCCUGCACUCAAUCCUGCACAGGUACCACCAGGUGAGACCACGCCCACUUCACCAGUUAACACGCCCACCGGAUUCCGUAAAUGUGUUUCCAAUACUCGCUGCAGGGCCGAGUAAUCUGUGUACUUUUCAGGCUCGCAUGUGGUGGACAUUCGGUUGUUACUUCUGCCUGCCCGUCCUCUUCACCGUCCUCUGCCAAAUGGCGACCCGCAACGUCCACAGCGACUCCAGCUCCACCCAUAAGCAGCGUAGCCAUGACGACCCUUCCUCCAAUCACAAGCGACAUCAUCACCACGCGCUGGAGCGACAGCUCAACUGCACCCUGUUAGCAUUAGCGCUGGUGUACACCAUAUGCGUGCUGCCUGAACACAUAAGCAACAUCACGCUAGCCUACACCCACGUCACCAUCUCUGAGGACACGGUGGCCAUGCUGACGCUCUUGCAUCACUUCUUUUUGUUCCUCAAGUCCUCUAUUACCCCUGUGGUGCUGUUAUGUUUAUGUAAGGCGCUGGGUCAGGUUUUCAUGGACUGCUGCUGCUGCUGCUGCCGAGUGUGUCAGCAGAACUUGGUUGAAGGUUCUCCGGGCUCUGCUCAUGUCCCGCUGAAGGUAGCAAAAGAGGCGGCCAUCUUUUUCGACAAAGCGAAAGACACGUCGGCCAUCUUGUCUAUCUCCAGUUAGAUGAUACUUCAUUGUUGGGUUUCAUCCCAUCAUGCAUGCAGCUUUUUCACUUUCCUCUUCACGGUCGCUCCACUUCCCGUUUGCACAGGAAGUGUCAUCUGUAGUCAUCAUAGAGACAUUUGAAAAUUUGGGAAAAGAUUUGACAAGGUCACAAAAAACAUUACUUUGUGUGGCAGAAAUGCACAAAAGUGAUGUUCAUGUAGCAGUUUUAAAUAAUUGUUUAUAUUAAGCGUGAAAAAUAAAACAAAGUUGAGGUAGCUAAACCUAAAUUAACAUAUGACUUUUGUUUGUUGUUUUUUACGCAAUAAAUGUUGAUUGAAAACCUUUAUUGGACUUUAACAUACUGACUUGAGCAUCAGAGUAGAUUGCUUACAUUUGAAGAUUAACGGCUCACUAACCGUCACAACGUCAAGGUGGCUAAGGUUUCUCGUCUUUGAACCAUGUGAUCAAAGCGACAUUCAACGCAUUGGCCAUGGUUAUGUGAAAGAAUGACUGUCAAAAAUGUGAAAUAAAAAAUAACUUCAAUUUCA